GCGAUGGGCCGCUGGAAAGCUCAUCUGCAGAUUCACCUGACCUAUAUAAAUCUAUAGCACAAAACGCAAAAUUACAAUCUGGUCUUCAAAUAUAAACGCGAAAUUCCUCUGGUCCGUCUCGUUGGUCGCCUUCUUUAGGCAACUGUUAAUUUAGGGUUUUUUUUCUUUCGUUAUCUAAAUUGUUAAUUUAAAGUGGGAGAGAUGGGUGUGAAGCAAGCUAUAAAGAGUCUCGACGCCUUUCCACGCGCAGAGGAGCACUUGUUGCAGAAAACCCAAUCUGGGGCACUUGUCUCGAUCAUUGGUCUAAUCAUAAUGGCCUCAUUAUUCUUGCAUGAGCUCAGAUAUUAUGUUACAACAUAUACUGUUCAUCAGAUGUCUGUAGACUUGAAACGUGGAGAAACACUUCCUAUUCACAUAAACAUGACAUUUCCUUCUUUACCUUGUGAUGUCUUAAGUGUUGAUGCUAUUGAUAUGUCAGGCAAGCAUGAAGUUGAUCUCGAUACAAACAUAUGGAAACUUCGCCUGAACAGUUAUGGCCAUAUCAUCGGCACUGAAUAUUUGUCUGACCUGGUGGAACAGGACCAUGGUCACAAGCAUGAUGAUAAAGGUCAUCAUGAGGAUUCUGAUGAGAAACUUCAUGCAUUUGGCUUUGAUCAAGCUUCUGAAAAUUUGAUCAAGAAAGUGAAGCAAGCAUUGGAAAAUGGUGAAGGAUGCCGGGUUUAUGGAGUUCUGGAUGUUCAAAGGGUUGCUGGAAACUUUCAUAUAUCAGUUCAUGGGUUAAACAUUUAUGUAGCUCAAACGAUAUUUGGGGGAGCUACACACGUAAAUGUGAGUCAUACCAUCCAUGAUCUAUCAUUUGGGCCUAAAUAUCCAGGAAUUCACAAUCCACUAGAUGGGACAGUGCGAAUGCUGCAUGAUACAAGUGGAACAUUCAAAUAUUACAUAAAGAUUGUUCCUACUGAAUACAGAUAUAUAUCGAAAGAAGUUUUGCCAACAAAUCAAUUCUCUGUAACAGAAUAUUUCUCUCCAAUGAAUGAGUUUGACAGGACAUGGCCAGCUGUAUACUUCUUGUAUGAUCUUUCACCUAUAACUGUAACUAUCAAAGAAGAACGACGCAGUUUUCUCCAUUUCAUUACUCGGCUUUGUGCAGUAUUAGGUGGCACAUUUGCUUUGACAGGGAUGCUAGAUCGUUGGAUGUAUAGGUUACUUGAGGUGUUGACUAAUAAACCAAAAGCUAGAAGUGUACUACGAUAAAUUUGGGAACUUAAUAGUUAUGUUAACUCACGUGGAUGGUCAUGGUCAUCUCCAACAAAGCUAAGAUUGCAGAAUUGAAACCUUGGAGGAGCCAAGAGUCCAGCCGGCCCCAUUCAACUUGUACUAUUUCCUUUUUCUUUCUAUCCUCUCAACAUCUGCUAACUGAUGUGUUCUAUUUAAUCUUCUUCUGUAAUACUUUGAUGGUGGAACAAUAUACAAAAUUGUAAUAGGAUAUUAUACAUGUAAGACCCAAAAUUUUGAUGGACUGAUGGUGAUGAUAUGAUAUAUUGUUUGGAAA